UCAAGUCUGGUUCAGACUUGACGUUGACAGUUGACGACGACCUCACAUGAGCGCGGGAAAUAGUUUCACCAUCUCUGGUCUUCAAGACGACUAUGACGACGUGAUCGAUGACAUCCCCGAGUUCGUCUCUCCUCCCCCGGAGCAGGUGGAGCAGCUCAGUCAGCACUUUCCCGUUCAACCUGCCGCGCAGAGUGAUGCUCUCAGUUCGAGGGUCGCAGGUCUGUCGCUGAGGGAGGAGAAGAGCGAGUCCAGGUCUCCCGUCACUACCCCCACCGCCACCAAGUAUGGAGGAGGAGGAGACGUCUGCCCUCGCUGCAAAAGCACCGUGUACUUCGCAGAAGCCAGAGAAGGCCCAGAUUCCAUCAAGUACCACAAGCUGUGCUUUGUGUGCGCGAUCUGCAAGAAGCUACUGGACAGCACGUACUCGGUCAGGCAAGGAGAACUCUUCUGCAAGUCCUGCUACGGCAAGGAGUUUGGACCUAAGGGCUUCGGCGUGGGAAGCUCUCUCCCUACCUCUUCUCCCACCAGCGCAUCCUCGCCUUCCAUCACCACAGGGAGGGCCUGGGCGCCAUCAGCCAACGAGACUCCAUCCCCAAGCAACAAGCUUGCGAGCAAGUUUGGAGGAGGAGAGAAAUGCCCACGUUGCAAUAAGACAGUCUACUUGGCGGAGGCGAGAGAAGGCCCCAACAUGAUCAAGUACCACAAGACCUGCUUCGUGUGCCUCCUCUGCUCCAAGUCCCUUGACAGUCGCUUCACCGAACGACGCGGCGAGCUCUACUGCCAGAAGUGCUACGCCAAGGAGUUCGGACCUAAAGGCUUUGGUAUCACAGGAGUGACAAGCGAACCAAUCGAAUAAUGGGAGGG